AGCAGCGGACUCGGACGGACGCCCUCGCUCGUGUUCAUCUCCUGUCUAACGGCUGUUUCCCAAUGGCAACGACAGCAGCGGACGACCAGCGGGAACCGGAGGACGUCGCCGCGCUGUCGACGCACCACGGCUGCCACCACAACAGUAACAACAACAACAAUAACAACAACAACAACAACAAAGACAGUGAGGCGGGAGAGAGCGCGACGUCGGCCACCGCCAGCUCCGCCGAACCCGGCGGGACGGCGCCGCAGAGCGUCGGUAACGGCUCGGUCAUUAACCCCAGCGGGGGGAGCAACGGGAAGUGGGUCCGGCUCAACGUCGGCGGCACCGUGUUCCUCACAACACGGCAGACCCUGCUCAAAGAGCAGACCUCCUUCCUCUACCGACUGUGCCAACAGCAGGACCUGCACUCAGACACGGAUGAGUCAGGAGCCUACGUGAUCGACAGAGACCCGACCUACUUCGGACCCAUCCUCAACUACUUGCGGCACGGCAAACUGGUUUACAACAAGGAGCUGGCUGAAGAAGGUGUCCUGGAGGAGGCUGAAUUCUACAACAUCACCCCACUGAUCAAACUGAUCAAGGAGAGGAUCGUGGAGAGGGACUCCAAAGCCACACAGCAGGUGCCCCCCAAGCAUGUCUACCGAGUGUUGCAGUGCCAGGAGGAGGAGCUCACCCAGAUGGUCUCCACAAUGUCGGACGGCUGGAAGUUUGAGCAGGUCAGCGUGCGCGCCUGCAGAAAGCCCCGCACCGGACUGCUCUGGACUAUGGUGAACAUCGGCUCGUCGUACAGCUACGGGACAGAGGACCAGGCUGAGUUUCUGUGCGUCGUGUCCAAGGAGCUUCACACUCCGGGAUCUGGGCUGGCCACCGAGCAGAGCCACAAAACCAAGCUUUUCCAGCUUCACGGGUCCCGGAUGUAGAAACUGCAAGAAUUUAAGUAAUUUUUUUCAAGGCUUAUCACAACAUGGGGUGUGUGCGUGUGUGUGUGUGAGUGUCAAUGGACAAGUCAUCAAAACAAAUCUGUAGCAUUGUUAUCAGUUCAUUGACAAAAUGCCAGUUAGAAAGAUUACGAAAUGGCCCAAAAAUAGGGGGGAAAAAUUGUAAAUGUCACAGUCAGGCACAGCAAUAUCUUCAAAAAAGAUUUUUCUGUGUAACUAAUUUUAUUAGUAGAAGUAAUCAUGUGUUGGUGUGCAAACGUUGUAUCGCCAAGGGCAGUAGUGGAGCUUAGUAAAUGAUAACCAAAGAUCCAGAUUUAAGCUGGCUGAACCAAGGUGCUGAACCAAAACACGACAGAGGAUAGAAAAUCUGCCUGAAGAUGACCGACAUUGGCUUGACUUUGUUUCCCAGCUGUCAUUGCGUCACUAUGAUAUAACGAAUGGUGUUACAACUGUCUUGUGCAACUUUGGAUUGUUACAUUUCCUAUUAUCAAAACAAAACCAUUGUUCCUAUAGUCUUCUAAUUUAUUUUGAUGCAGAAGUUUAGAGAGAAAAAAAAUCCCACUAGCUGUAUCAGCCAGGACCAACUUUAGUUGAUCAUUUGAUUAAAUUUGUUGGAAAUAAUGAUGGUCAUUUAACUAUUUGUUGACCUCACUGUACACUGACUCCACAGUCCUUGCAGUCAAGGCUGGAGCAGAUGUUGGCAUAUAAUGCGUACCAGAGUUUAUCAUAAAUUGAGAAUACUUGCAAAUUCCAAAUUUCAACCCUAGAGAAUAUUGGAGGAUAUUACAUACAGCCAGAAUGUG